CUUGCUUGCUACACCCCGCACCGACUCACAGCGAGCAAGGCAAACACCGCACGCCCUGGCGGGUCUCUAAAGUCACAACUUCCACCAGUUGUGACCAGGGAACAAAAAUGUCAAAGCGAAGUCGUGAGAGAAGUCGGAGUCCACCGGGCCGGAGGUACUCAUCCGGCAGCGCCUAUGGCAAUGGCAACAGGCGGAACAGCGGAGGGCGGGAAGAUCCGAGAGCGGGAAAGCUACGAGCAAUCAAGCAACUGCUUGCGGAGCCUGCGGAGCCCCGCAGCGGUUACGCCAGGGACCCGCCGGAAGAGCGGGCCGUGGAGUUGGCCCGCAUGCUGUCGGCGAGGCGGUACCUAGAUGGCGGCGCCGAUAUGGAGGACGUGGCCACCUUGCUGGUGGAGGCGGCAGGGACGCUGAGCAUCCAGACACCAGUGUACGCCUUGACGACGGCGCUGUGCGUGGCGUCGGCCAAGUCGCCGAAGCGCUCCGGCAGCCGUGAGCGGGGAGGCGGGGGGGACGGCGGCGGGGGUGAUGAUAAUGAUGGUAACGCCACUGCCGCCGGGGACUCCAUGGUCACGGACGACGCGGCGGACUCUCGGGAAGAUGGCCCGUCUUUCGGGCGCUUGGUGGUGGACGGGUGUUGCCAUGCCUUCGCCAAGGCUCUUCGGAAGGGCGGGUUCACAAGGGCGAAGCUCCUGCUUCGGUUCCUGGGAGAGCUUCUGAACUGCGGUCUCGUGGAGGCCCAGGAGUACGGGGACAUGCUCGCCACGCUCUGCGCCGGCUACGUCAAGACGGAGGCCCGCCGAGUGCGUCAGCCAUGCCGCGACAUGCUCGCCUACAUGGUGCUCUCGGCCGUGCUGCGCGUCGGACCCACUCUAUCCAAGGCAAGAACAACCAGCAAUCUUGCGGCGUGGGUUGCGGGGUUCAGCAACCUUAUGGACGAGCUGCGGUUGUUCAUGUCCGGGCGUCACGCGCCGUUCCGCCUCAACAGCCUGAGAGCGGUGUUCGUCACACCGGAAGACGACGACGAAGCGGAGGAAGACCAGGGUGGAAACCCCGGGGCCGAUGGAGAAGACCGUCAAGGCGACCAGACCAAGCAGCCCAUGGAGGACAGCCUCUCCAUCCUGUGGGAGGUCGUGAGCGCGCUGCAUGACAGCGGCUGGAACGAGGACGACCUGCCGCGGGCGACGCCUCGGGUGUGGAAAACCCCGACGGCAGAGCCGAGGCUCUCGAACCUGAGCAGCCUUUCGCUGCCGGAAGACUUUGUUACAUCGGAUACGAUCCCGGCGGAGUUGGCGGGCAUGGGGCCGUGCGAGAUGGCCGCCUGCGCUGGCGUGGACGUCGGUACCACGAGUCCCGCAGACCGCCCCGACUGGAGCUACGCUUUGGGUAUCAUGGGAGAGCGAGACCUGUUCGACGAGGAUGACGGUGUCGGACCAGCUUCUUGCUGUCCAGAGCUCCUGCCUAAGAAGGAGGUUGGCAAGUGGGCCAUGCUUGUGGACCAGCUGGUCAGCAUUCGCGACUCGGCUCCCAGCGGGUGCCAGGUGGCGUACCUUAUCACGGAGGUCUUAUUCCUGGCUAUGCUCCAGUUACCCGCGGCGGAGCACCUGGCGAUUUCCUGCCACCGCACGAUCUUGGAGCUGUGCCGCAUCGUACCCAAAGAGGCUCCUGCGGCGGUAUCGUACUGCACGGGACGGCUGUUCGACGAGCUGGAACGCCUUGAUUCCACCGUGGCAUCACGGUUCGGGACUUGGUUCGCCGACCACCUCAAGAAUACUGAGUACAAGUGGCCUUUCUGGAAGCACUGGUGCAACGUGGUCGAGCUGCAGCCGGACAACGCUCAGAGGGUGUUCGUGUCGAACGUCCUGGCUGCGCUGGUGAAGCUGAGCUACACCGACAGAAUCAAGAAGACGUUGCCGGAGGCCCUCUGGCCACUCUUGCCGCUAGACCCGACACCGGUAUGCCCGUACUUGGACGGAGCCACUGGGAUUCCCGCGAGUUUGCAGCGGAUCGCAGCCGACCUGUCGAGUCGCGUCAGCUCCCGCGAGGACGUGGAGGACCUUCAGGCUUGGCUCGACGGAGAUCAUGCGCUCGAUGACGCGGCCACCCCGGGUGGUGAUGCUGCUGCUGCUGCUGCUGCUGCUGCUGCUGAUGCUGCUGAUGGAGACACCGCGGAGCAGGCGCCCGUCGACCCGUGCUGGCGGUCUAACAUGCUCAUCCAGGUCCUACUUCGGGGGGGGCAGGCGUCACCUACACACACCUUCGUCUACCUCGAUAGGUACCGCAGCUACCUGCGGGCUCUACGCCGGGACGAGGCGCUUGGAGAAGCCAAUCAGGUUGCAAUGCUGGAUGCUGUGGCUCAGCUUUGGGAGCAUUCUCCUCAGUGGUUCUGCUUGGUGUGCAAGUACUUGCUGGACAUUGGAGUUCUCAGCCCCACCACCGUUGUCUACUAUGUGUUCAGGGAAGACAACAACAACGCCAUCGCCCUCAGCCCGUUCCUGUGGGAGGUGAUGAGCAAAGCCAUCAGCUUGUACACGGACCGGGUGACCCUCUCUUUGGGCGAGCUGCGAGACUUGGAGAAGAGUGCGAAGGCUCUGGACGAGGCUAUCGAUGAACGUCUCAAGGACAGGAGUCCGGUGUCCCCUACGACGGAGGAGGGCAACGGCAAUGCGCCGGUGGCCGACCCGCAAGACGUGGAGGAGAAGCAGAGGAUGUCGGACGACAUCGAGGACCAGCGGGACGUCGUCCGCGAGGCGGUGCAGCAGGCGAGCGCCCUGUGCACCGCCACCGUCUCCAGCUUCGUGCAGGCCCUGGCGAACGCCCUGCCCCAGUACGCGGCCAACGGGAUGACCGACUUCUCCGCGGACCCGUGGUGGGUGAGCAUGACGUCGUACCUCAAGGGGUCGCUGUCGUUGUUUUCCGCGCUGCCGGAGGUGCCGGCGCGCUAUUUUACCAUUGCCACCGAGGACGACGACAAAGGCGAAGAGGAGGUGGUGGAGGAGGAGCGGCGGAUCCUUACCGCCGGCGAGGUGGAAGAGUUGGCGACGGCUGCCGGGUGCCUGGAGCACGUCGAGGCCAUUGUCGUUGAUCUCAAGGGCAUGGUGUGAGCGGUUUUGCGGAGCAGAGCGAAAUCGCGGGCGCUUGGAGUGGAGUUGGUGCCGAAACCUUGCUUCCUGCCGUACUUGCAGGCCACGGAAGAGCGGGGAUAGAUGUCGUACCACCCGAAGGUUAAGAUUCGGUUGGACAGUAGCGAGCAAGGCGGCAGGGUGCGCAAUUCAUCUUGUCGUUCUUGUUGGUGUCUUUCUCAUGAGGUCGUAUGCAUAAGCGCAACCGCCCUACGUAGUCGUUGGUCACAGCAGGGCAAAAAGGAGCGUUCAGGAUGGCGAAAGAGACAAGCACGUACGUUAUGAAAGCGCAUAAUCUUGGGCGCGGGUGGUUCCUUUUUCAGCUGAAUGAGGCUAAGGCUUGAUCUGACGUAGCUUUGGGAGGAGAGGGGGACCUUCUCGCGAUUUGUAGGUGAUGCCAACGGCACCGCGUUGGCUGAAUCUCGUCUACCAGUACCGACUAGUCUUGAGCAAUAAUGUAGGAAAGUACUCUUGCAGUAACAAACAAAGGUGGUGCGCCAUUGAUGUUCGAAGGAGAAGGGCUCAUUGAUUUCGUUGUAGCCGUUUCCAAACGCAGCAAUUGCUUCUGCUUCAACCGGAGGUAUACCGCCAACGCUCGGCCGCUCUCCACGUUCCUGCCCUUUUUUCAUGAGGACUCGCAAGCCCUUCUCUUUUUCCCGUUUCUUUUUGGCGUUUUGUGGCCACCAUUUCCUUCCGACAGGACUGUGCGAAGGUGUGCAUGACAUGGAAGCAAGCCCAUGCGAUGAGAGCUACUAAUAUUUUAGUCGCUAAGCAGUGUGCCAGCUCGAAAGGGUUUUGAGUUCCAGCUGCGAACGAACGGCGUACGUGCUCAUUGGCCAGCCGGG